CGAAAUCCUCAACACCCACAAACAUCCCCACCCACUUCAAUCGGUGCUCGCCAUGUCAGCCCCUCCAGGAUUCGGUGGGCCGUCAGGCGGACAGCCGAACGGCGACUCGGGCAUGGAGGGCGACUUCUUCGGCACCCUCACCCAGGCCGAGAUCGAGAAGAAAGCAAGGAAAUGGCGUCAGAGCCAGAAGCGCCGGUUCGACAUGAAGCGCCGCACCGGCGGCGGUGGCGGCAUAGACAUGGGAAAGGCGGACCUCCCACCUGAGCAUAUUCGCAAGAUCAUCAAGGACCACGGUGACAUGUCCAACCGCAAGUUCCGGAACGACAAGCGCGCACAUCUCGGCGCGCUCAAGUACGUGCCGCACGCGGUGAUGAAGCUGCUCGAGAACAUCCCCAACCCGUGGGAGCAGGUGCGCGAGGUGCCAGUGCUUUAUCACAUCUCAGGCGCGAUCACGUUCGUCAACGAGAUCCCGCGCGUGAUCGAGCCAGUGUACCAUGCCCAGUGGGCAUCGAUGUGGUUGGCGAUGAGGCGAGAGAAACGCGACCGUCGGCACUUUAAGCGCAUGCGCUUCCCACCGUUCGACGACGAGGAACCACCGAUGGACUAUGGUGACAACGUGCUGGACGUGGACCCACUCGAGGCUAUCCAGCUCGAGCUUGACGAUGAGGACGACGCCGAGAUCAUCGACUGGUUCUACGACCCCCAGCCACUGGAAGACACGGAGCAGGUUAACGGCCCCAGCUAUCGUUACUUCCAGCUCACACUGCCGCAAAUGGCCAACCUGUUCCGCAUUGGCCGCCAGCUGCUCAGCGACUACACGGACCGUAAUGCCUUCUACCUCUUCGACAAGAAGAGCUUCUUUACAGCCAAGGCGCUCAAUAUUGCGCUGCCUGGUGGGCCGAAGUUCGAGCCCCUGUUCCGCGACACGGACCCGUACGACGAGGACUGGAACGAGUUUAAUGACAUCAACAAAGUCAUCAUCCGUGGCCUGAUUCGCUCCGAGUAUAAGGUUGCGUACCCGCACCUCUACAACUCGCUCCCCCGCUCGGUCCACAUCGAUCUGUACCACGAGCCCAAGAACGUGUACAUCAAGACGGACGACCCCGAUCUGCCCGCGUUCUACUUCGACCCGCUGAUCAAUCCGAUCUCGCAGCGGGUGGUCGCCGACGCACACAGUCAGUUGGUGUCGCACGAGGACGAGGUGUUUGGGUACGGGAAUGACGAGGACGAGGACGACGCGUUUGAGAUGCCUGAGGAGCUGGACCCAUUCUUCGACUCGCGCCCGCUUGAGAAUGAGUUUACGGCCGACGCGAUCGCGCUGUACUGGGCGCCAUACCCGUACAACCAGCGAAGUGGGCGGAUGCGCCGUGCUCAGGACGUGCCGAUGGUCAAGACUCUGUACCUCGAGCACUGCCCACCUGACCAGGCCGUCAAGGUGCGCGUGUCGUAUCAGAAGCUGCUCAAGGUGUACGUUCUCAACGAGCUCCACAAGAAGCCUCCAAAGGCCAUGGCCAAGCGCAACCUGUUCAAGUCGCUGAAGAACACCAAGUUCUUCCAGUCGACGCGCCUCGACUGGGUUGAGGCUGGUCUCCAGGUCGUGCGCCAGGGCUACAACAUGCUCAACCUCCUCAUCCACCGCAAGAACCUCAACUAUCUCCACCUCGACUACAACCUGAACCUAAAGCCUAUCAAGACGCUCACAACAAAGGAGCGUAAGCGCUCGCGCUUCGGCAACGCAUUCCACCUCGUCCGCGAAAUCCUGCGCCUGACCAAGUUGAUUGUGGACGCGCACGUUCAGUUCCGCCUCGGCAACGUCGACGCAUUCCAGCUCGCCGAUGGCCUGCAGUACAUGUUCGCGCAUGUCGGUCAGCUUACUGGCAUGUACCGUUACAAGUACAAGCUUAUGAGGCAAAUCCGCAUGUGCAAGGACCUCAAGCACCUGAUCUACUCGCGCUUCAACACUGGUCCGGUCGGCAAGGGUCCUGGUGUUGGUUUCUGGCAGCCUGGAUGGCGCGUGUGGCUAUUCUUCAUGCGCGGCAUCGUGCCGCUGCUUGAGCGUUGGCUGGGGAACCUGUUGGCACGUCAGUUCGAGGGUCGUAACUCAAAGGGUACUGCGAAGACUGUGACGAAGCAGCGUGUGGAAUCACACUUCGACCUUGAACUGCGCGCCGCUGUAAUGCACGAUAUCCUCGACAUGAUGCCUGAGGGUAUCAAGCAGAACAAGGCGCGCACGAUUCUGCAACAUCUUUCCGAGGCAUGGCGGUGUUGGAAGGCGAACAUUCCAUGGAAGGUGCCUGGCAUGCCGGCGCCCAUCGAGAAUAUCAUCCUCCGAUACAUCAAGUCCAAGGCCGACUGGUGGACCUCCGUGGCCCACUACAACCGUGAACGUAUCCGUCGCGGUGCCACUGUCGACAAGGCGGUUGUGCGUAAGAAUCUCGGGCGUCUCACGCGAUUGUACCUCAAGGCGGAGCAGGAGCGCCAGAACUCCUACCUCAAGGAUGGGCCAUACAUCUCAUCUGAGGAGGCUGUGGCGAUCUACACAUCGACGGUGCACUGGCUAGAGAGUCGCAAGUUUGCGCCAAUCCCCUUCCCGCCGCUGUCGUACAAGCACGACACCAAGCUGCUGGUGCUGGCACUCGAGAAGCUCAAGGAGGCGUACAGCGUGCACGGGCGUUUGAACCAAUCGCAACGCGAAGAGCUCGCGCUGGUCGAGCAGGCUUACGACAACCCGCACGAAUGUUUGUCGCGCAUCAAGCGGCUGCUGUUGACGCAGCGCGCUUUCAAGGAGGCCGGCAUCGAGUUCUUCGACACCUACGACAAGCUCAUCCCAUGUUAUGACAUUGAGCCGGUUGAGAAGAUCACCGACGCCUACCUUGACCAGUUCCUCUGGUACGAGGCGGACAAGCGCCACCUUUUCCCAGCAUGGAUCAAGCCGGCUGAUACCGAGCCGCCUCCCCUCCUCGUGUACAAGUGGUGCCAGGGAAUCAACAACCUCACGGACAUUUGGGACACAAGCGAUGGCGAGUGUGUCGUGAUGAUGGAGAGUGUUCUCUCGCGCAUGUGGGAGAAGGUCGACUUGACCCUGCUCAACCGUCUCCUUCGCCUGGUCAUGGACCACAACUUGGCCGACUACAUCAGUGCACGCAACAACUUGACAUUGACUUUCAAGGACAUGUCGCAUGUCAACGCAUACGGCAUGAUCCGUGGGCUGCAGUUCUCGUCGUUCAUCACGCAGUAUUACGGCCUUGUGCUAGAUCUCCUCAUUCUUGGCCUGCAACGCGCGUCGGAAAUGGCUGGCCCUCCCGCCGCGCCCAACUCGUUCCUACAGUACCGCGACACGGCAACCGAGACCCGUCAUCCCAUCCGCUUUUACAGUCGUUACGUUGACCGUAUUCACAUCUUGUUCCGCUUCAGUGCCGAGGAGUCGCGCGACCUCAUCCAGCGCUUCCUCUCCGCCAACCCGGACCCAAACAACGAGAAUGUCAUUGGGUACAACAACAAACGGUGCUGGCCGCGUGACUGCCGCAUGCGCCUGAACAAGCACGACGUCAACCUUGGCCGCGCAGUGUUCUGGAAUGUCAAGAACUCGCUACCCCGCUCUCUCACUACGAUUGAGUGGGAGGACACCAUGUGCAGCGUAUACAGCAAGGACAAUCCGCAGCUGCUAUUCUCGAUGUGCGGCUUUGAGGUGCGCAUCCUCCCACGCGUGCGCACCGAGAACGGCGAGCAGUACACACUCAAGGAUGGCGUGUGGAACCUCGUGCAGGAGAACACUAAGGAGCGCACGGCGCAGGCUUUCCUUCGAGUCUCCGACCAGGGCAUUGCCGAGUUCAACAACCGUAUCCGCCAGAUUCUUAUGUCGUCGGGCUCGGGCACGUUCGCUAAGAUUAUCAACAAGUGGAACACGGCGCUCAUUGGCCUAAUGACCUACUACCGCGAGGCGGUUGUCACGACUCCCGAGCUCCUGGACGCCCUCGUCAAGGCCGAGAACAAGGUGCAGACGCGUGUCAAGGUCGGUCUCAACUCGAAGAUGCCGAGCCGCUUCCCUCCUGCUGUCUUCUACUCCCCGAAGGAGCUGGGUGGUCUGGGCAUGUUGUCGAUGGGUUUCGUCCUUAUUCCAACGUCGGACCUCCGAUGGAGCAAGCAGACAGACGGUGGCGGUAUCUCCCACUUCCGCUCAGGUAUGACUCACGAGGAGGAUGCCCUCAUCCCCAACCUGUACCGUUACAUUCAGCCUUGGGAGGCGGAGUUCCUCGACUCGGCCCGCGUGUGGUCGGAGUACGCGAUGAAGCGCAAGGAGGCGACGGCGGCGAACCGUCGUCUCACACUCGAGGACCUCGAGGACUCGUGGGACCGCGGCAUCCCGCGUAUCAACACGCUGUUCCAGAAGGACCGACACACGCUGGCGUACGACAAGGGCUGGCGCGUGCGCGUCGCGUUCCAGCAGUACCACCGCUUGCGCGCGAACCCGUUCUACUGGACCAACCAGCGUCACGACGGAAAGCUGUGGCAGCUCAACGCAUACCGUGUCGACGUCAUCGCCGCGCUCGGUGGUGUCGAGGGCAUCCUUGAGCAUUCGGCAUUCAAGGCGACCGGUUUCCCGAGCUGGGAAGGUCUGUUCUGGGAGCGUUCAAGUGGAUUUGAAGAGUCGAUGAAGUUCAAGAAGCUUACAAAUGCGCAACGUUCCGGUCUGUCCCAGCUGCCUAACCGUCGUUUCACGCUUUGGUGGUCGCCGACGAUCAACCGUGCCAACGUCUAUAUCGGUUUCCAGGUCCAGCUUGACCUGACGGGCGUGUUCAUGCACGGCAAGAUCCCGACGCUGAAGAUUUCGCUCAUUCAAAUCUUCCGUGCCCACUUGUGGCAGAAGAUUCACGAGUCGCUCUGCAUGGAUAUCUGCCAGGUCCUCGACCAAGAGAUGGAGGCGCUCGGCAUCGAGUCUGUUCAGAAGGAGCAAAUUCACCCGCGUAAAUCGUACAAGAUGAACUCGUCAGCAUCGGACAUUCUCUUGUUCGCCUCCCACAAAUUCCUCAUCACGCGUCCGUCGCUCCUCAACGACAACCGUGACACAAUGGACGGCACGACGUCGAACAAGUUCUGGAUCGACAUUCAGCUGCGCUGGGGCGACUUCGACUCCCACGACAUUGAGCGUUACGCGCGUGCUAAGUACCUUGACUACUCGAGUGACUCGCAGUCGAUCUAUCCAUCGCCAACCGGUACCCUCAUCGCUGUCGACCUUGCGUACAACAUCUACUCGGGCUACGGCUGCUGGUUCCCUGGCUUCAAGCCACUCAUGCAACAGGCCAUGGCUAAGAUCAUGAAGGCCAACCCUGCGCUGUAUGUCCUGCGUGAACGUAUCCGCAAGUCGCUCCAGCUCUACUCGUCUGAGCCGACCGAGCCGUACCUCAACUCGUCGAACUACUCGGAACUGUUCUCGAACCAGGUCAUCUGGUUUGUUGAUGACACCAACGUGUACCGCGUCACCAUUCACAAGACCUUUGAGGGUAACUUGACGACCAAGCCGAUCAACGGUGCCAUCUUCAUCUUCAACCCACGUACCGGCCAGCUGUUCUUGAAGAUCAUCCACACGUCUGUGUGGGCGGGCCAGAAGCGUCUCGGCCAGCUUGCCAAGUGGAAGACAGCCGAAGAGGUUGCCGCGCUUAUCCGCUCGCUCCCCGUAGAGGAGCAGCCCAAGCAGGUCAUUGUUACGCGUAAGGGUAUGCUUGACCCGCUAGAGGUUCACUUGCUCGACUUCCCGAACAUCGUCAUCAAGGGUUCCGAGCUGCAGCUCCCCUUCCAGGCGACGCUCAAGAUGGAGAAGUUUGGCGACCUUAUCCUGCGCGCGACUCAGCCACAGCUCGUGCUCUUCAAUCUUUACGAUGACUGGCUCAAGAGCAUCUCGAGUUAUACCGCGUUCUCGCGUCUCAUUCUUAUCCUUCGUGCGCUCCACGUCAACAAUGAGAAGUCCAAGAUCAUUUUGCGCCCCGACCGCAACACCAUAACAGAGUCGUACCAUGUGUGGCCGACGCUCUCGGAUGAGGAGUGGAUGAAGGUCGAAGUCGCCCUGAAGGACGUGAUUCUAACCGACUUCGGCAAGCGCAAUAGUGUCAAUAUUGCGUCGCUUACGGCCUCGGAAAUCCGUGACAUUAUUCUUGGUAUGGAGAUUCAGGCGCCAUCGAUUCAGCGUCAGCAGAUGGCCGAGAUCGAGAAGUCGACUGAGGCGUCGGCUGCCGUGACGGCCGUCCAGCACAAGACGACGAAUAUUCACGGCGACCUGAUUCAGACAGUCACCUCCACGCAGUACGAGGUAGCGACCUUCGCGUCCAAGUCUGACUGGCGCGUGCGUGCAAUCUCUGCAACCAACCUGCCGCUGCGCACAAACCACCUCUUCGUCGGUAACGACGAGGUCAAGGAUGAUGCCGGCGCGCUCACCUUCGUUAUGCCCAAGAACAUCCUGCGGACGUUCGUCGUGUCGGCGGACCUGCGUACCCAGGUCGCUGGCUUCCUGUACGGCGUGUCGCCGCCCGACAACUCUCAGGUCAAGGAAAUCAAGGCAAUCGCGUGGGUUCCCCAGCGUGGCACUGCUACAUCAAUCGAGCUGCCGCACGAGUUGCCGCAGCACGACUUCCUUCUGAAGGGCCUUGAGCCACUCGGCUGGAUCAAGACGCAGAGCCAGGAACUCAACCAUCUGGCGCCACAGGACGUGACCACGCAGGCUAAGAUCAUGGCAGCGAAUCCGGACUGGGCGCCGACAAGCAUCUGUGUCACGGCGGCAUUCACGCCUGGCUCGGUCUCGCUGAACGCAUGGGAGCUCACGGUUGCGGGCUUCGAAUGGGGCCGCAAGAAUGAGGAUCAGAGCGGCCAGUUCCCCGGCUGGAACGCAAGCAUGGCGACUCGUGUUCAGUUGCUCCUCACCGACCGCAUCCUUGGCAUGACACUCGUGCCGGAGGGUGGUGUUUGGAACUACGGCGUUGGUCUUACCCAGAGCUGGACCGACAAAAUUCACUACAACAUGACGCUCGACCGGCCGCAGCCGUUCUGGGCGCCUAUUCACCGCCCCGCCGCGUUCCUCACCUUCACACAGAUGGAGGGCGACGACAGCGCCGAUGUCGAGAAUGCCCUCGCCUAGUGUGUCCGUUAGAAAAUAACCCAGUUACUGGGCAGCAUGUUUGUAUUACAUAGGACUCAAUGCACAUCGUCACAUGAG